AUGGCAACACCACAAUUUCCCUCGCGGCCAUUCACAGGCUUGGGCAGAGCGUCGACAGUAGGACAGCAACAGCAACAACAACAAGCACCGCCACACGCAAAUACAUACCAGCCACCGAGUUAUGGCGGGCCGUCGAAUACAUAUGGGGCUGGAGCAGGCGCGGGAGCCGGCCAACGAGACGCCAUGGCGCGACAAGAGCGCGAGCGCAUAGACCGAGAGCGACGGGAAGCAGAAGAGCGAGCGGGCGCAUUGGACGCACUGAGCGAAGAGCAAAGAGAAGAAAUCAAUGAAGCCGUGAACAACCACAUCGACUACCACGAACUCAAAGUCGCCCUCAAAGCCCUAGGCUUCGACCUCCCAAAAUCAGACAUCUUAUCUCUACUCCAAACCCACGGUAUCCCCGCCUCUGCAACCUCUUCCACCCAUCCUCCCGCCUCCGCAACAGCAAAACCCACUUUCUCAGGUCCUUCACGACUGGUGCUUCCUCACGCCUCUUUUGUAUCCAUCGCCGCCUCUCGUAUCCUUGCCCGCGACCCCCGCGACGAGAUUCUAAGGGCAUUUGAACUGUUCGAUGCUGAAGGCAAGGGUAAUAUCAAUUUGCAGGAUUUGAGACGGGUGGCUAGGGAGUUGGGGGAGGGAUUACAAGAGGAAGAGUUGGUGGCUAUGAUUGAGGAGUUUGAUCUCGAUGGCGAUGGUGCCAUUUCUAGGGAUGAGUUUGUG